UAAUAAUUUUAAAGGAAUAUUAUUAAUCUAGAGUGUCAUUUAACAAAUAGAAAUCUUCAAGUAGAAAAACCACUCAAACAUAUUAAAUGUGGGGUAACGUGAUUAUUAGAGUCUAUUUUCAGGAAAAUGGAGUAGUAGCCCAUUAAUUAAUCUUAAAUAAUCAAGCCACUUCCCUCAUUAUAUUUGCGUGUGAUUGGCUAACAAAAUCCCCAAAAUCCAAAUUGGGCAUUCUCAAACCUCAACCAGAAACUAAACCAAACCAUGUGGGCACUGCCCUACCUGUCCCCACCCUCCCAACUCCAUCUUCUCCUCCACCCCAAUUCCAAAACCAAAACGCCUCGCCCCGUCUCGGCCAAUUCCCAUCAGCCACCCCAAAACGACGUCGGAGGCUUAGGCCGUACCAGUCUCACAGCUCUACACUCCAACUCCAAUUCCAAACCCACCACCACUACUACUCCAAACCCAAUCCCCAAAAGAGAAGCUAGAAGUGAAGAAGAUGAGACGCAGAUUAGUGGGUCGGAUGUGCUUUGGGCUAUGCAGAAAGCAGCCGCCAAGAAGAACAAGCUGAGUGGUGGUAAGAGUAUGAAGAAGAAGAAGAAGAAUAUGGUGAUUAUGAGUAAAGGAGGGUUAUCCUCUGUGGACGGUGACAGGGAAGAAGACCUUGCUGGUGUUCGACCCUUGUGCAUCAACACUGAGUGGGGCCCUAAGUUGGAUGAAUUGGAGAAGAGUCUUCGGGAGCUUUAUCAGACAAAGUAAAUAAGAAUGGAGCUGUGGGAGGGAACUGCUUUCUUCAAUAUAAAAACUUCAACAAUCAUUCAUCCUUAUGUAACUUAUGUUUGUGUAGUUUUUCUUCUUGGCCAUUCAAACUUUUCAUUAUUUGGUUUUGGUUGUUGAGAAAAUAAGUAUUUAGGUUAAUAUCAAGUAAAAGAAAUGUAAAUUUUUUUUGUCUCCAA